UCCUGUCUAUAAAUACCCAUGAGUUACAGAGUGACUGACGGCCAGGGACAGCUGCAGCCACCAGCCAACCAACCAACCCGUGGAGACUGUCCACAGUGAUCUGAGCAGCCCUGUGUACCCUGACAGUCCUGCUCUGUUGUGGGGAGUGAGUAGGGUGCCCACGGAACCCAACCAGGACAAGAAGACAGAACAAAAUGGCUGCCAUGACUAUAGACCCGAUAGAGCAGCCUCGGAUGUACCAACAGACCCUGCUUCAGGACGGACUGUGUGACCUCUUAGAGAAUGACAAGUUCGUGGACUGUGUACUCAAAAUUCAGGACCAGAAGUUCCCCUGCCACCGCUUGGUUUUGGCCGCCAGCAGCCCUUUCUUCAAGGCCAUGUUCCUGUCUGACCUGGAGGAAAGCAAGAAGAGUGAGAUUGUCCUCAAAGAUGUGGAGCCAGGUGUUAUGGGGAUGAUCUUGCGCUACUUGUACACCUCUGACAUUAAUCUGACAGAACAGAACGUCCAGGAUAUCUUCAUUGUUGCUAACAUGUACCAGAUCCCCUCCAUCUUCUCUGUAUGUGUGUCCUACCUCCAAGAGAAGCUGGUGCUGGGAAACUGCUUGGCGAUCUUCAGGCUGGGACUUCUGCUGGAUUGUCCCAGGCUUACUCUGAUUGCUAGAGAGUUCAUCUGCGAACGCUACCACGUCGUUGUCAGGGACCCGGAUUUCCUGCAGCUGGGCCCGAGCGAACUGGCCAUCAUUAUCACCUCUGACGCCCUCAACAUUGAGCGGGAGGAGCUGGUGUUUGAAUCUCUGAUGGACUGGGUCAGACAUGAUGAGACAAACCGCGUUAAGGACCUGCCAGAGCUGUUGCACUGCAUCCGUUUCAGGCUCAUACCUGUGAAUUACUUCAAAGAGAAAGUAGAGUGUCACCAGUACCUUCGGUUCAGCCAGGACAUAAAGAAGGAGCUGGAUCUCGUCAGGGAUGCUCACAGGGGUUGUCUCCCGAAGCCCAGGAAGCCCAGCAGUGACGAGGCAAAGAAGGGAGAAGGAAGUGAGGAUGAGGACGAUGAGGAGGAGGGGUACUUGCCUGGAAUACUCAACAACAACCCUCGCUUUGGGAUGUUUGAGCUGGACCUGAUACUUAUGAUCAGUGUCACAGGGACUGUGGCCUAUGACCCGGUAGGAAACGAAUGCUUUGUGGUCUCAGAGUCCACAGAAAUUCCCAAGAACCACUGCAGCCUUGUGACCAAGGAGAACCAGGUGUUUGUUGUCGGAGGACUUCUUUACAACGAGGAGGACAAAGACGAACCAUUCAGCUCUUACUUCCUGCAGUUUGACCCAGUAAGUUCAGAGUGGUUAGGGAUGCCGUCACAACCCAACCCUCGAUGUUUGUUUGGCCUGGCUGAAGCUGAAAACUCCAUCUUUGUUGUUGGAGGAAAGGAACUAAAGGACGGCGAGCGUGUCCUGGACUCAGUCAUCAUCUAUGACAGACAGUCAUUCAAAUGGGGAGAGUCUGACCCUCUGCCUUAUGAAGUGUAUGGCCAUGGAACCGUAUCACACAAAGGUCUUGUCUACGUCAUUGGAGGAAAGUCUCAAAGCAAGAAAUGCAUGAGAAGAGUCUGUGUCUACAACCCCACUAAGUUUGAGUGGAAGGACCUGGCUCCUCUGAAGACGGCCCGCUCCCUGUUUGGUAUCACCGUCCACAAAGACCAGAUCUUCGUAGUGACAGGGGUCACAGACGAAGGCCUCACCAGCUCUGUGGAGGUCUACAACAUUGCCACCAACAACUGGUCUGAGUUCACAGAGUUCCCUCAGGAGCGCAGCUCUCUCAAUCUGAUCUCGAUGGGAGGUUUCCUGUACGCUGUGGGGGGCUUUGCCAUGAUGCCCAGUGAAACCAGUGAGGAGCCCGUCCCAACAGAGAUGACUGACAUCUGGAGAUAUGAUGAGUCAGACACGUGCUGGAAUGGGAUUUUGCGAGAGAUUAGCUAUGCAGAGGGAUCCACUAUUCUUUCAGUGCGUCUCAACACUCUGCGCCUCACCAAGUUAUAACUGAACUGAGCUCUUGGUGCCAUGAGCUUAAUGGUGUAACAUUAGCAUUGAAGUGAAUGAUUGUACUCAUGAUGGACAUUGGCCCAAAAUUGGUUUAGGGUAUAGAAUGUUUCACAGUAACAAUUGAAUUUGAUCUCUGAAGAUGAAAAGUGUUAUGAAAUCAGCAACAAAUUGUUUUACCUUGUGUUUUACAGCAGGGGGAGACAGAUACAUGUUAAGUCUAAAUGAGGCUAGAUGUGAAGGACAUGAGUUAGAAUAUCACACCAAAUGUAUUUUAUAAAAAGUUAAAAUGUUGAUUUGUACAUCUGUUUUUUGUUGUUAUAUUAUUUCAUUAUUUCAAGUUUCUUUAAUACCUGUUUGCUUUAUUUUAAGGAGAAAUAAAGGUAAUGGUUGACUAUA